UUGUGUCGUUGCACAAAACAUUAAUUUUUUUAAAUUGGAAAUUUUUUAAGUUUUGAAAAUCAUCAAAACAAGCCACUUUGAUUAUCUUUGUUGGUGAGAUUCGUUGAGUAUUUGGAAAAUGUGUGAAAAAAAUUAAUACAAUGGCCAAAGCAUAAAUUUUAGUGAUAAAAUGGGAUUGAAUUAUGUUAACGUGAAGAUAGGAUAGUUAGUUUUUUUGGAUUAAUACACCCAGCAAUUAUUAUCACAUUCAAGUCAUACUGUGUUUAACGUGUUCUUUCAAUGAGUUCGGAAUCGCAAGAAAAUCUCAUCUCAUCCGAUCCCGAAACGCCAAGCGCGAGCAAUGAACGCAAAAAUUCAUAUGAUUCGAUUUCGGAAGAAAAGGAAUAUGUGCUGAAUGCAAUUGAAAAGAAAUUUCUUUUAAGUGCCGAACGAGGCGAUUGUGCUGGAGUGCGCCGGUUGAUAGCUGAGUACAAAGAUAAGCCGACUGAACUAAAUAUCAAUUGUGUGGAUCCAUUGAAUCGUUCGGCUUUGAUAUCGGCCAUCGAAAAUGAGAACAUUGAACUCAUUCGAAUCUUAUUAGAGGCGAACAUUGAAGUCAAAGAUGCUCUGUUGCAUGCAAUUAGCGAGGAAUAUGUUGAAGCGGUUGACAUGUUGUUAUUGCACGAAGAAAAACAUCAUGUGGCUGGACAAGCAUAUUCGUGGGAAUCAGUUGACAGUUCGGCAUCAACAUUUACACCGGAUAUAACGCCAUUGAUAUUAGCCGCCCACCGAAAUAACUAUGAGAUUCUUAAGCUGUUGCUGGACCGAGGUGCUACACUGCCAAUACCACAUGAUGCACGUUGCGGUUGUGACUUUUGUGUUCAAUCGAGUCAAACGGACUCUUUGCGUCACUCACAAUCACGUAUCAAUGCCUAUCGGGCAUUGUCAUCCAGUUCACUUAUUGCAUUAAGCUCACCCGAUCCAAUACUCAGUGCAUUCGAAUUGUCGUGGGAGCUGCGGCGUUUAAGUCGAAUGGAAACGGAAUUUCGUACGGAAUAUAAUGAGAUGCGUCAAUCGGUACAAGAGUUUGCAAAAUCGUUACUUGACCAUUCGCGUACAUCACAAGAAUUGGAAAUCAUGCUCAAUUACAAUUCAAUACCGGGCACCGACGUCUGGGAACCAGGUGAUCAUCAAUCACUCGACCGCUUGAAACUGGCUAUCAAUUACAAACAAAAGCAGUUUGUGUCUCAUCCAUCGGUUCAGCAAUUGUUGGCGAGCAUUUGGUACGAAGGCUUACCCGGUUUUCGGAGGAAAAGCAUGGCUGGCCAAUUAAUUCAAGUUGCAAAAUUGGGCUGCAUGUUUCCCAUAUACAGCACGAUUUAUAUGAUAGCACCCAAUUCGAAAAUGGGAAAGUUCAUGAAAAAACCGUUUGUCAAAUUUAUUUGCCAUUCGACGAGCUAUUUUACAUUUCUAAUGUUGCUCGGAGCGGCAUCGCAACGUAUUGAAUAUUUAGCAUUGGAGUUCAUUGGUACGCCAUGGUUGCUGGAUAUUUUGGAAGAAUGGAAAAAGCAUGAACGUGGUGCCAUACCCGGCCCAACUGAAUUCAGCAUCGCCAUAUACAUCAUAAGCUUGAUUUGGGGUGAAAUUAAUUCAUUGUACUCGAGUGGAAUAGCCGAUUAUAUCAGUGACCUGUGGAAUAUCAUCGAUUUCAUAUCGAAUACAUUUUAUGUGACAUGGAUUGGUCUACGCAUCACUUCGUGGUAUGUGGUUCAAAGAGAAGUGUCAAUUGGACAGGAUCCAUGGUAUCCGCGUGAAGAAUGGGACCCCUUCGAUCCGAUGCUGUUAUCAGAAGGUGUAUUUGCGGCCGGCAUGAUAUUCUCAUUUCUCAAACUAGUGCACAUUUUCUCCAUCAAUCCACAUUUGGGACCGUUGCAAGUGUCACUCGGCCGAAUGAUAAUCGAUAUUAUUAAAUUCUUCUUCAUCUACACAUUGGUUUUGUUUGCGUUCGGCUGCGGUUUGAAUCAAUUGCUCUGGUACUAUGCCGAUUUAGAGAAGAAAAAAUGCUAUCAUUUCUUCAACACCGACAUUCCCGAUUUUGACAACAACGAAAAGGCCUGUGGCAUUUGGCGACGUUUUGCUAACUUAUUCGAAACGUCUCAAUCUUUAUUUUGGGCAUCGUUCGGUCUCGUCGAUUUGAUGGCAUUCGAAUUACAGGGUAUUAAAAGUUUCACACGAUUUUGGGCAAUGUUGAUGUUCGGGUCGUACAGUGUAAUCAACAUUAUUGUACUUCUGAACAUGUUGAUUGCCAUGAUGAGCAAUUCGUAUCAGAUAAUUUCGGAACGAUCGGAUACGGAAUGGAAGUUUGCCCGUUCACAAUUGUGGAUGAGUUAUUUUGAAGACGGAGGCACACUGCCACCCCCGUUCAAUCUAUUUCCAACCACGAAGCUGUUCCGUUGCGGCGGUGCCAAACGAUCAACCAAAAGUCUUAUCAAAAGGUCGCUGGAAAAAGCUAAAAAGCGCCAUGACAAUGUAAUGCGGUUGUUAGUGCGUCGCUAUAUCACGGCCGAACAGCGUAAGCGUGACGACUUUGGUAUCACCGAGGACGAUGUUAUGGAAAUUCGUCAAGAUAUCAGUACACUAAGAUUUGAAUUAAUUGAUAUUUUAUCGACGAACGGCAUGAAAACACCCAAUAUUAAAACAGGCGAUGUACAAUUUGCGGGUAAAAAGGGCAAAAUGAUGGAACGUCGCAUCUUGAAAGAUUUCCAAAUCGGAAUCGUCGAAUCAAUCAGCGAAGCCGUUUCGGCAGCUGGUGUUACGGCCGGUGACGUUUUUACAACGAUUGCGAAAGCAAUUAAUAAACGCACUUCAGGCAAACACAAAAAGGAGGAUUGGAAUAGUAUUGUGCGACAAAACACUAUCAACCGAUCCGAUCCGAUUGGUUCCACACGAAAUUCACUGACACGUCGUGAUAGGCGCAGUUUGCGACGAGACAUUUUGGAGGAGGUCAAUCAAGGUGUCAAAAUGAAUACGCAAAAAAUUGUCGAAUACAAUCCAAAAUUGUCUGAGGCAACGCCAACCACUCGGGUUGCAUAUGUUAAAUUUAUGGCACCGUCAAUGCGAAGAGAAAGUAACGCCGACGAAACGGGCAUCGAACCAACAACCACAGAGACCAAAAAAAGCAAAAUUCAAAAAUCAAUACUUCGCAGUGCUUCGAAAAUAAGCACGGAAAUUCUUGCAUCAAAAGUACAUGAGACUCAAAAAGACGCAGAAAGUGCACCAGAAGAAGGAAAAACAGGAGGAGGGGACUCGGCAGAAGACGAAAAGAAAGAUGAACCAUCAACAACUGAAUACCUUUCAGAACCAGAAAAUCCAAUAUCGGCUUAUGUCAACAGAGCAUAUUCACCAAUUGUAGAAGAUCCAUACGAAAAGGACAGUCGGCCAGCGUCAACUGAUUUAAUAGAAAGCGGUUCAAAACCACCAGAUGAUAACGUCUCAGUUUCUUCAAGGGCAAUGUCUCCAACGUCUGUGGCCGCACGAGCUGUAUCGCCCGUAUCUGAGCAAUACCGUGCGGUGACACCGGCUCGAGCUCGUUCACCAGAGCCAGCACUGACUCCCAAUCGAGCUACUUCACCGAAACCUGGAACUACUACGCCCACUGCUGGAGUGUCAACCAAAGCCGAUGAUGAAACAAAAGACAAAGCAAAGGCAACAUAUGGAUCAAAAUCAUCGGAUAAAACCACUUCAAAUGAGCCAAUUUUCAAACCACUUACAACAGAAAAAGGCAAAUCAAAAACUACUGGAAAAAAUAUCGGUGGAUGGAUUUAAAUAAUCAUACUCAAACAAAAGAAAAGAAAUAUGCCAAAAUUCAACUAUUCCAAAUAGUCACCAGAACCAACUAGAUUGAAUGCGUUUUUUCUUCAAACUAAUUUUAAUGAAAAUUCCAUAGAUAAUUUAUUGUUGUUCGGGAUUCCCCAAAUAAACUAGAAACGAUGCCA